AUGACUGCUCCUGUUUUGUUUAAGAACAUGUUUUCACUGGCUGGCAAGACUGCCGUCAUCACUGGAGGUUCCGGUGGUCUUGGUUUGUCUGUGUCCAAGUACCUUUUGCAAGCUGGUGCCUCUUUGGCUCUUAUUGAUAACAAUCUCCCCAAGUUAGAGCCUGCUGCUGCUGACCUCAGUAAAUGGUAUAACGAGCCUGUCAAUAAAGUCGAGUACGAACACAAACAAAUCAUUUCUUCAUGGGCCUGUGACAUUUCCGACGCUACUCAAGUCGAGAGCACCAUUCAAGCCAUUCGUGCCCACCAUGCCAAGCCCCUCGAUAUUCUCAUCAACGCUGCUGGAUACUGUGAGAAUAUCUCUGCUGUCGAGUACCCUGCUCUUAAUAUCAAGAGAAUUGUCGAUGUCAACCUUAAUGGAUCUCUUUUCAUGGCCAGAGAGUUUGCCAAGUCGCUUAUUGCCGACAACCACCCUGGUUCUAUCAUCUUGGUCGCAUCCAUGUCUGGAUCCAUCAUCAAUUAUCCUCAACCACAAACCCCAUACAACAUGACCAAAGCUGGUGUCAUCCACCUUGCCAAAUCGCUCGCUUCUGAAUGGGCUGCUCACAACAUCCGAGUCAACUCUCUGUCUCCCGGAUACAUUCUGACCCCCCUCACCAAAGCCAUCAUCGAUUCCGACGCCCGACUCAAAGCCGAAUGGGAGAGCAAAGUGCCUCUUGGUCGCAUGGCCGACCCCUCGGAGUUCGCUGGCCCCAUUAUUUACAUGUCCUCCGCCGCCUCUUCAUACAUGACCGGCCACGACCUGGUCGUUGACGGUGGUUACACCUUCUGGUAA